AUUUUGGUUAAAUUUGUAAAUGUAUUCUUCAGUCGUUGAACACAUAUAAAUCUAAGGGUAGUGGAACACAUGUCCCCUUGCACAUCCUUUACCUCCAAAGACAUACUACUACAGGUUUAAAACGGAAAUAAAAUGUGCUUAAUUUAUACAUGUGAAUAACAAUUUGAUCAUGCGAAAGGGCAUAAGUUAUUAAGAGCAUUUGUUCUACAAGUUAACACACGUAAAAGUUUAACCAAAACAAGUUGUAUAUUAUAAAAAGUAAAAUACAGAAGAGAAAUUGAUAAAAAAUCACAAAAGAAAAGUAAAAGAAGAAUGCUAGGGAAGAUUAUUAAUGUAUUCAAAAACACAAAAGGGGUUGCACAUAUUAUCUUGAUAGUGUUUAUGUCGUGCUUUAUUUAUGUAUUCAAAUAUUACAUUUUGAUUGUUGUAUAUGAUAUUUGCAUAACAGAAGGAUUAUGUCAACUGUAGAAUAAUAAUAGAACAGGCUUUGAUUGUAUUUUCGUUACAUUUAUAGAAACCAAAAAAGGUAAACACCAGCCUAAACUGAUUACGGUAAUGUGGUCAGACAGUCCCCGCCUCUUCCGCGUUUUCGUCCAAUUACUGCAGCCAACUCGACCGGAAGUUUUGAACGGAUCGUACGCGGGAAAUUACAUCUCGUUUCAGCUGGACCACAGAGGAGGUUGGUUUUGCAUAUAAAACAUGAAGGUGGUUACGUGUGAGAUUGCAUGGCACAACAAGGAGCCAGUCUACAGUCUGGACUUCCAGCACAGCCCGGAUGGUCGAAUUUGUCGGCUGGCCACAGCUGGAGUGGACACCACAGUCAGACUGUGGCGGGUGGAUAUGGGCCCUGACGGGAAGGCAGUGGUGGAUUUUCUGUCUAAUCUGACCAGACAUACCAAGGCUGUCAACGUUGUGCGCUUCAGCCCCAAUGGAGAGCUGCUUGCCUCAGGAGGAGAUGAUGCAGCGAUUCUGCUGUGGAAGCUCAAUGACUCUAAAGAGCCCGAACAGGCGCCCAUGUUCCAGGAGGAUGAAGAUGCUCUGCUCAACAAAGAGAGCUGGACUGUGGUCAAGACAUUAAGGGGUCACAUAGAGGAUGUGUAUGACAUCUGCUGGACACGGGAUGCAAGCUCCAUGAUCUCCGGGUCUGUUGACAACACAGCUAUUAUGUGGGACAUCAACAAAGGACAGAAGCUGUCUAUCUUGAAUGACCAUAAGAGUUACGUGCAAGGGGUGACAUGGGAUCCUCUGGGGCAAUAUGUAGCCACCCUCAGCUGUGACAGAGUGAUGCGGGUGUACAGCACUCACACCAAGAAGAAAGCCUUCAGCAUCAGCAAGAUGAGCUGUGGGCCUCUCGCAGAGGGAGAGGUAAAGCAGCACAGAAUGUUCCAUGAUGACAGCAUGAGGUCGUUUUUCCGUCGUCUUUCAUUCACUCCAGAUGGGUCCUUCUUGCUCGCCCCAGCUGGCUGUGUGGAGGUUGGAGAAAACAUCAUAAAUACCACUUACAUCUUUUCCAGGAAGAGUCUCAAGAGGCCUAUCGCACACUUGCCAUGUCCAACUAAAGCUACACUGGCUGUGCGCUGCUGCCCCGUCUACUUUGAACUGAGGACCAAGACGCUAGAAGAUGGUACUGUUCAGACCCUUCCCAACGUAUUCCAGUUGCCGUACCGCAUGGUGUUUGCUGUGGCGUCUGAGGACUCCAUCUACCUGUACGACACGCAGCAGACCCUUCCCUUCGGCCUGGUGUCAAACAUCCACUACCACACACUCAGCGACCUGACAUGGUCACGGGACGGCUCGUUCCUGGCUGUGUCCUCCACAGACGGCUACUGCUCCUUCCUCUCCUUCUCUCCUGGGGAGCUAGGCACUCCGCUGAAGGAGCCCCCCACCCUGGAGGUCUUUAUACCAAGCACUGCCACUGAGAAAAAGGGCAAGAAGUCGGCAGCUGCUAGAAACUCGUCUCCUCUGACCCAGCCACAAAGCUCAGCCCAAACUCCCACAACCAUGGUUGGCAAAGAUGCCCCCUCUGUCACCCCCCCAGAGGAGAAGAAGAGCACCCCGAGUGCCAAGUCCAAACCUCAGCCCCGGAGAAUCACCCUGAACACCCUGCAGGGCUGGGGGAAGCCCUCCUCCCCCAAAACCACAGCUCCACCAGCAUCUCAGACCCCGACAUCUGAAAGCACCAGCGCAUCCUCCUCUCCCCAAGUUCGCAUCGGCCCUCUUACCCCAACCCAGUCCUCCUCAACACAGCCGAGGCUCGCCCCUCUCACCCCUACCAAUUCAUCCUCAACACAGCCCCGGAUUGCCCCCCUCACCCCCUCCACCCCUAAAACCGCCAAAAGUGGUAAUAAUGCUGGGCAAACGACACCCAAAGGUUCCACCACCCCAAAGGGGCCCACCCCAAGGAGGGUAUCUUUGACUACAGUUGCAUCCCGAUCUCCAGCUGUUAGUUCCCUCUUCCGCGCUCCCUCCUCCACUGAGAAGGCCAAACACGAGCGUCCUUCUCCUCCCAAAGAUCCGGUGUGCCAGCCUCCAGAGCCAAAGCGGUCAAAGACCAGUGAGGCCGCAGCGAAGAACAGUGCCACCCAGACUUAAUGUCUGGAGACAGUGUGAUAGUGAUUUCAGAAAAGAUUUAAAGCAGCAGAGGGAGACGCUUCAGUGUAAAAACAAUGAUGUUCCCCACAGAUGAAGCUCCUCCGUGUUGUGUCAGGGUUGAUUGUACUUGAUUUACUAGACAAAGCUUUAUCCUCACAUAAUGUACUUGGUUAUUAAAAAAACUGUCUAAUGAAUUAGUACUUAUUUUCAUUGUGUAUUUUUGUAUCAUACAUUAACAGUAUUGUAUCUGAUUUUUUUGACAUUAAGAUGCUUAAGUGAAAAAGAAAAGUUUUGUUUCACUUCUUUUCAAAUAUGUAAUUGUUAAACCUGAAGAAGAAAAAAAAACACUUCAACGUUUAGUGCCUUGCGAAAACUUUGAAUAAGUGACCUAAGUCUUAUUAUUGCUGAAGACUGCGGGCCCGCAACUUAGGAGAAAAGCUCAAAGUGUUAAGUCCAUUUCUCAUUGUUUAAUAAAAGACGUUUCAUAAACAC